UGAUUGUGUGUAAAAUGCUGCGCGUCAUGUUUUCAGCGUCACGUUCUUGUUGUAAAAGGGAGGAGGAGGGGGGGUACGCUCCCCGUUCAGGGGGCGUGGCCAGUGCGAUUCUCCAAGCGUAACUGCGUUAAUUCCUUCCUCGAAGCGCGCGCCUGUCGCCUCCGUCUACGAACGGCGGAACCGCGCUGACGAUGUUGUGAAUGAGGGAACGGCGUGACGUCAACGGCCGAAUGUCAACAAUGUAGCGAGCGCGAGCGAGGAGGCGUUCCAGUUCAGAGUAACAAACAGCGAAGACGGAGCGGCACGCGGCGCAUCAGCACACGCGUGCACGCGCGCACACAUUCCCUCUUCUUGUUUUUUUUGUUUAUUUAUUUUACCAUUACUCUUUAUUUUCUGUGAGGAAGCGCGAGGAAAGUAGCGAGCGGAGGACGCGCGCUUGUGCAGCCGCGAGGCUCUCAGGACAGUCAUCAUGUGAAGAAGUUCACGUGAGGGAAAAAAACGGGCUGGAAACUGAAAGGAAAAGGGACGCCCUCCUCCCUCCCCGCCGCCUGGCUGCCAAUCAUCAGCGCCACCUCGCAUCUCCCUGACUGACAGCGAUGCGUCGGCACGCCGCUCGUGGAUAAAUGAUCACUAAUCACCCACAGAAGAUGAAGGACCAGUCUGGUGUGAGCGGUAUGUCCGUGGAUGAGAAGCCUGAAGCCCCCAUGUACGUGUAUGAGUCGACGGUUCAUUGUACCAAUAUCCUCCUUUGCCUCAACGACCAGCGGAAGCAGGAUAUCCUGUGCGAUGUGACCGUAGUGGUGGAGGGCAAGGAGUUCCGAGGGCACCGGGCCGUGCUGGCUGCCUGCAGCGAGUACUUCCUCCAGGCGCUGGUGGGCCAGGCGGAAAAUGGUUUGGUCGUUAGCCUUCCUGAAGAGGUCACUGCCAGGGGAUUCGCCCCUUUGUUGCAGUUUGCCUACACCGCUAAGCUGUUACUCAGCAGAGACAACAUUCAGGAGGUCAUCCGCUGUGCAGAGUUCCUGCGCAUGCACAACCUGGAGGACUCCUGCUUCCGCUUCCUGGAAGCUCAGCUGCGAAGGGAGGAGGACAGCGUGCUGCUGUGUCACAAGGGGGCAGCGGAGGCCAACAACUCAGAGGACGAGAGCAUGCAGUCGGAGGCAGAAAGGCCCGCCUCUGCCCUCGCCUCCUACCGACACCCCGACGAUGACCGGCUGGCGAUGACCGUGCCCGCCAACUUCACGGACUUUGACCGGCACGGCGCGUCAGACCUGCCUCGUUGCCCCAAGUACAGGAAAUACCAGUGGGCUUGCAACAAGCACAAUAACGACACCUCGUCACACACCAGUACCUCAGGUUUCCCAAGCACAUUAAAGGAGAGCAGCGCUGGCGGGGCGGCGCCGGCUCAGGGCAGGCUGCCUGUAGCACAGAUAAAGGUGGAACCGCAGGCAGAAGAAGAGGCCGUUUCAUUGUGCCUGUCAGGAGACGAGCAGGAUGUCACAGAGGUAGACAGUGUGACUGCCAUGGAGAUGGAUACCCCCAUAUCUCUGGAAAGAACCAAGAGAACCAAAUCCCCAUCCUGCCUCAGAGCCUUCUUUAAGAAAGGGGUGGACCUCCCCGGUCUGUCCAACACAUCGGAGCAGCUAUUUGCCAACAGACUCGUCUGCCCGCAGGACAAAGGAAACUCUCAGGGAGAUCUUAAAAAAGACUUCAAGGCUUUCCCCGGGGAGCUGGCAGUGUCUGUUACUUCCCCCGAAGAGGUGGAUGGUUUCCCUGCAGGGUUGUCCCUCAACUCUGCAUCCUGCAAUGUGCUUUGCAAACAGGAAGUGGAACUGGACCGCCGCAGUGUCAUAUUUUCCUCAGGGGCCUGCAACCGUCUGGGAACACCAGCGCAUUCCUACCCCGGUGGGAACUCCUUGGAGAUGGAGCUCUCUGAGCACAUGUCAAAGGGCCUGUGGGCUGGAGCGAGCCAGUCCCUCCCCAACUCCCAGAACUUCUCCCCCAGCACUGCUUCCUCUGAACCCCCGGUCCUAUGCCGUCCAAGGCCCAACACCAGCUGCCCAGUGCCAAUCAAAGUCUGCCCACGCUCACCGCCCUGCGAAACUCGCACCAGGACCUCCAGCUCCUGCUCCUCAUACUCCUAUGCGGAGGACGGCAGUGGGGGCUCCCCCUGCAGCCUGCCCCAGUUUGAGUUCUCCUCCUCGCCUUGCUCCAAUGUGGCACGCUGCCUCAACGUGGACCAGCAGGAGCAAAGUGUGGGCGGGGACUCUCUUUUCAAUCAGGUGCGUCCCAAGAUCAAAUGUGAGCAGUCGUACGGCACCAACUCCAGUGACGAAUCGGGCUCCUUUUCGGAGGGGGACAGCGAGUCCUGCCACGCGCAGGACCAAGGGCCAGAGGUGAAACUUCCCUUCCCUGUAGAUCAAAUCACAAAUCUUCCAAGGAACGACUUCCAAAUGUUGGUGAAAAUGCACAAAUUGACUUCGGAGCAGCUAGAGUUCAUCCACGAUGUGAGGCGGAGGAGUAAAAACCGCAUCGCCGCCCAGCGCUGCCGUAAGAGGAAGCUCGACUGCAUCCUGAACCUGGAGUGUGAGAUCCGAAAACUGGUGUGCGAGAAGGAGAAGCUGCUGACCGAAAGGAACCAGCUGAAGGCCUGCAUGGGCGAGCUGUGGGAGAACUUCACCUGCCUGUCGCAGGAGGUGUGCCGCGAUGUCCAGCUGAGCCAGGAGCAGAUGCAGUCGCUCCACCACUACUGCCCCGUCCUGCGGCCCGCCAACUCCAACGCCAGCAACAACCCCGCCCACGAACCCGCACCUCCCCUCUGCACCACCGCCGGCGCCACAGCCGCCACCACCAGCAUCGACCUCACCACGCACUCCGGCUCGGCCACGCCAGAACCCAGCUUCCACGGGUCGCCGGGCCCCUUGGAGAAUGAGCCCGACUCUGCUGUCAGAAAGCGGGCGGACAGAACUACGGACGUACAGUCUGGACUGCUGCUGGAGAACUCCAACCAAACGGUAACGGUGGAUUUUUGCCAGGAAAUGACUGAUAAAUGUACAACCGAUGAGCAGCCCACAAAGGACUGUACUCAGUAGUUUUUUUGUUGAACUGUUUUGAUGUUUUUGUAUUAUUUAAUUUUACUUUUCUGACAAACCCUUCCUCUGGGUUGUGAGACGGUCAGCCUCUGCCAGUGUUCACUGAAAAACAAGCUUUGUUUGUAUUUAUGUUUGUUGGUUUUCUCCUUUUGUAUGUAUGAACUGUUGACACUAAAGUUGUCUUAACAGCAGCAAUACUGUUCUGCAGGCGUUCUCCUGUCACAACCACAGAGUGGAACCUCUCACCAAACCCUUACGAUGGUGCUAUACUCACCCAGGCAGCGACCUCUACAGCGGAAACGCUUUUUAUUCACGCGCCACAUGCCACGAAUCCCAGCUGGAUCCGAACGGGGCUCUGAUUGUCUCUCUGUACCAACGGCUAAUCUGCUAUUUCUUCCACAGCUGCCUUCAUGCACGCACUCCAGAGCGUCUUUUAGGUCUGAAAAGAAAGAACCUUCACCUGAAUUUGAUCAUCAAGAUGCACAUUUAGUCUGGUGAGAUGAAAAACAUAACUUUUUAAUGUUAAUGUACUUCUAUGAGUUACAUUGGCUUACAGUUCGCUAACAUCCUGCAGCUAAAUUUUAUCAAAGCAAUAUUUUUUUGCCUUAAAAAAGUAGAUUUAAGGAUUUUCUUUCCCUUUGGAUGCAAAAACCAAAUAUUUUAUGUGUAGAGUUAAAUCCAUGCUCAUUCAGAGAAGCUACACUAAUCUUAGAAUUCCAAUAUAGACAUUUUUUAGAUGUAUUUGGUGAAAAGUGAAAAGUGUUUGCUUGAAGCCCAUUUUUGAACAAAUUAUUAGCAGAAUGUGAGGUUUAAAGUAUGAACCAACAUAAAAAUGAAUAAUUCGAUCAAAGGUUCAGUCUUAAAUUAUUUUUAGUGGGUUUUCAAAGUCAUAAUAGUAUAUAUAUAUAAAUAUAUAUAUAUAUACAGGGUUAUUUUUUAAGGGUUGGUUCUAGUUUUAUAUCCUUGUGCAGCAUCUGUAGUGUGACUAUUUCCUUCCAAAUCUACGUGGCUAAUGACCAAAAGGAUGACUUUUACGGCUGCCAAUUAACCGUUAAUUGGUUCAUUUUUCAAUUAGUAUCCAAAUAAUACAGACAAACAGUCAUUUAUUGUUAGAAUUAUAAAUGUGCCAGAAUUGACAUGAACCCAUUCAGCCAUCCAUGGAUGGUUUCGUGUUCAUUCUUGCACCUUUAUAACUAUUAAAUGAAAAAGCAGAUUGUUAAAGAGUUUUUUGAAGGACUCAGCCAGCCUGCUUGAGAACAGAUGGUCCAGGUCCAGGAGUGGAGUGCAUGCAUGAGCAGCAAACCCCCAGUUCACUUUAGGUUCAUCAGAAACGUCUUCGGUGUUCACCUGGGAAAAAGCGUAUCGGUCUCUUCUACCUCUUCUGUCCCAUUCUCUCCACAUCUCUGUCUCCGUUUCUUUGAGGAUUUUAUCUCAGUGGCCCUUUUUUGUUGUUUUUUUUCUCGUCACAGCGAUUCAAACUCAGGAAAAAGAAACUUCUGAAUGUUCAAUGGAAUUCAUAAAAAAGAAAAAAAUGAAAAAAAAAAGAAGAAGACAGCCUCUGUGGGUGAUCAAGUGGCGAUGCAGCGAGACUGUAAAAUAUGCAAAGAGGUCUUGGAAAGCGUGAGAACUUUGUACAGGCUGUAACCGAAAACAUUCCUCCAAUGCCUUCCACAGCCCUGAGCUGAACGGAGAAACAGAAAGCUUCUGCAGGCACAUCCACGGCUCUUCUUAUUUCCCACUCAUCAGCAAUACCAUUGUAUUUGGAUGUUGUAAAGGUGAUUUUCACGUGCUUGUGAGGCAAAUGUGUAUAUAUGGAGCAUGAUGACUGUCACGGUGAUUUUGUACAGGUAGAGGCUCGCGGGUUUCUUUUCCACUGGGGUUAUGUCAAGCACCUUUCUGCUAAAGGAAGAUCUUUGCUUUGCUGUUUCCUGUCCUGCCUAACGAACAGCUGCUGCUGCAGCCGCGCCUGUUCUUUUACUCAGGAAAUCAGCUCCACGCACGCACGCACACACCUACAACACACACAAGCCCACACGGACACACAACUCUGAGCCCCCUUGCAUGUACUGAAGCGUUACGGCCAGGCUCUUCACGUCUUUACGAGGGAGCGAAUCUUUUAUUUUCUCAAUUGUUGAAGCACUUAAAUGCUGAUCGUGAACACUCUCCCCAUUAGAUGUUUUAGCCAAUCAAAAAGCUUUUUUUUUUUUUCUCAACCAGGUGCUGUGUGUAGAAAAAGAAACUACACACAAAAAAGAGGAAAGACAAAUUUAAGCACUUUGUUUUUCUGCCCCAACUGCUCAAAAUCUUUCAGCACUUCCAUUUGCUAUUUCUUCAAACCCCUGAAAGUCUGAGACGGGAGCACUUAAACUGGAAACAUGCUACAUAAAAAAAAUGUGUCUAUGAAAAAUUGAAAGGCGAGAAAAAAGCAAACGUUUUAGUUUACGAGUGUCUACGCCUUCUACUUGUAUUUCUUUAGAAAUCAAAUAAGCUAAUUCCUAAUUAAUUUGAUGUUUAAGCAGUGUUGGUGUCCAAAUGACUGAGUAACAAUCUUAUAAGAUAGUAAUUUGUUUGCCCUAAUUGUGUUGGAACCUCCUACUUAGUGCUGUGCAUGCAUGCCGCCUUUAGCUCUAGUUUGUCUAGCUUCUGUUUUCGUGAGUUCUCUCUGCUUUGAAAAUACUUUUUUCAUUUUGUUUGUACAUGUAAAGAAAGCUGAUUAAUUCAAACCUGCUUGAGGCGGGCUUUAAAGUUCAUGUAAAGCGUGAAGCCAUUUCUCUUUCAAGUCUCAAUCCUGGAGGUGCUUCAAACAGGAAGUUAACGGAGACGAAUCUCUGUUCCUCUGAAUCUUACAAACACACAAAAAAACAUGCAAAUGUGUUUGGAGGAGCUCUACUGGAAAAGACCGUUAAUUGGCAAAGAUUUAAUGGGAUAAUGGCACUUUAAAAGUCGCAAACCAAAAAAAAAAGAAAGCAAAAAAAUUUAUAAUAAAGUAAAACUUAAGUUAUGCAUUGAUCUCGAGUUUUAAUCAAGGCAAAAUUAAAAAAAAAAAACUUUAUCAUAUAUCAAAAAGAAUUCUAUUAGCGUCUCCUUUGAAUAAAAAUAUGAAAAUGUCAUUUUAGCCGUUAAAAAGUGGCAUGGAGGCGUUUUAGUGAGAUCGUUUUUCUUGAUUUUUAAUUAUCUGUUGUUUGAAUGAAAAUCUCUUACCUGGAAUCGAUUCUGUUUGACAGAGAAACUCUUUGUUCCAAGAAAUGACUAUCCUGUUUUUAAACAGUUCAUGUUGUUGAGGACACUCGCAGUCACACACGAAUACAUACCAACACGCACACGGCACAUACGUGUGGAGGAAAAGUGCUGGGAUGUGCUUUUCUUGUGUUUGUUCGGCCCUUUUCGGUCCGAUUCCAUUGUUCAGCGCUGCAUUUGGUUGUUGUUACACUGAGGAAGCCUGGAGUUUCACUGGAAAGCACAAACUCUUUGGCUCUCUGCAGCUCAGAGAAAAAUCCCCCUAAAGGAAGUCAUUACUUUAUCAGCUCAUUGAAGGUAAACCACACAUUCCCAAAGGUACAGCACUCUCCAAUCUACAUUUAUGAGACUUCUUCCACUUCAAAAUAAUGAAAGCAAUCCUCCAGUAUAGUUGACAUACGCAUCAUUUUGUGGUGGAGUUGGGUAUUGUAAAAAUUAAAACUAGCUUUGGCUUUUUUUUUUGGGGUAUAAAUUUGAGAUUUCUGUCGAAAAGGAAGCUGUUUACUUUCAAUUGUUUACUAAAAACGUCUUUUUUUUCAUAUCUUUUGCUUCACUAUUUUUCCUCUUCACGUUGGAAGCAUUUCAUUUGCCUGCGUGACGUUCAGGCAGAAACCAGAAAACCAAAGCUGUGGUUGUUCAGAUGAAGCAUCUCUUCAAAUCUCAGGGUGCCACGCGUCUCAAAAGGCUUCCCAUGUCUCUGAAGCGUUCUUGAACUCGCAUUUAUCCUUCAGGAAGUUCCUGAUGAGUGCAUUUCAUUGGCUAUGAGGGCACAAAAAAGUGUUGUUUUUUUUUAACCUUUUUGAGGAAAGGUGUUUCCAGCAAGAAAAGAACUUGUGUUUGUUUCUGACCAAUUCAUGUCGAGCUGGAUAUGCAUCCAUGAUUUUCACCAAAUAACACACGAUUGUUUCUUCUUUCUGGUAAAGGGACGAGUAAUAACUUCCUGUAUAAACAAAAACCAAUUUAAAGGAGCUGAAAAGCUAUGCAGAAGAAAAGCAGAUGCAGAGUUGUUGAUGAGUUGGUAAAUGACUUCCCAACAGCCAUCAUUCACUUUUCAUGUUUUGAUAUUUAAAAAUGUGAUGCGAUGCUUUUAAAGGCUUUUUAUCGUUUCUGUGAACAUUUCUGAUGUGGGUGUGGCUCCGUAACGCUCUUACUUUCUGUUUCUGUCUGGUUUACUUUGAAGUUUUGUCUUUUUAUUUUGGCUGCUUCUAUAACACAAACACUGGCUUUUUGCAACUCCAAAGGUUGUUCUACAAGAAUAUGAACAAAACAUUGCCUUUUCACAGAUCGCUCAAGUUCACGAAAAGAAAACAUAGUUUGGAAAAAUGUCUGUUUUUCUGGUUGAAGGUUAUUGAGAAAAAGGUUAAACAUGUUUACAAGUUGGUGUCCAGUCAUGUUUGAUCAACUUUCUGCCAUGUAGAAUUCAGAGAAGAACAAGUUCAUGCGGCCGGCGGCAGCAGGUCGUCCUUAUGUGGAUUCAAGUGCAUCUCCGACAUUUGCCUUAGAACUUGCAGAGGCCAUAGUUCACAUUGGAGUGACGUGAGUGUAUGCAGGGGCGUGAGCCCCCAUCCCAGAGUAACCGUGCGGACUUUCUCACACUUAUCUACCUGUGAAAUCCUUCAUACCUCUCAUAACUGGUCAAUGACUGUAUCAGCAAACUGCAUCAGGUGUUUUUUCUACAUGCUUUUUACACAGAUUAUAUGGAUUAUUGUAUUGGUAGGUUUUGGUGCAUCAUUUUUUAAUGUAAUAGCUCCUAAGCUUGUAGUUCAAGUUGUUGUAUUUUUUUUUCUCAUUUUUCUAGUUUUGUGUUAAUAUUGUCCAUUUGAGAUAGCGGUUAUUUGCUUAUUCUUGACUAAGAGUUCCUACCUAAUUUUGAAAUGCUACAUGACCCUAAUUAUGAAAUGACUUAAUAACCAUUGUAAAUACGGUAUUGUGACCCCCCUCCCCCCAUUUUUAUUCAUUUCAAUUGCUAGUGUUAAAGAAAAAAGACUUUUUUUGUCUAGACACCAUUUCUCUUUA